AUGGGAAACCCAGAGCAACAGCAGGAGGAGACUGGCCCCAUUGGCACUGCUCCGCUUCAGACACGGGAUCAACGAUCGUCUGCCCCUGGAAGGGCAGGGCGGGGGACGGAUGAACGCGGUGAACGGCUCACAUCAAUUGGUGCCUUGGAGGAUGCUUGCAAUCCACCACCGUUCAGAAGACCUCGUGCCGUCCUUCGACCCCCUCCUGCAGCAAUACGAUCAGGCAAUCCAAGGCCCGUGUCAAGCGCCUUGCGCGGAGAAGAGGCUCUACGCAAGAUGGGAACGGACAACCUCGGCAAUGCCGAAGGUUCACCGUCCAUCAACAACACUGAAAGAGCUUCUUCUUCAGCCAAUGUCCUACCUCCGGAGCUCGAGGGAGACGACGAGCCGACACUGUUCGCCGAGCCUUGGUUCGUUCAAGACGGCGCACGGAGCUCUAGACAAGGCACCAAGCAGAACGCACAGCCAGGGUCGACCGAGGACACCACCCAAGCCAAGAAGCGGAGCGCACAGCCAGACUCGAUCGAGGACAACCGCCAAGCCAAGAAGCAGGAACUCGAAGCUGCCGAGAUACUCCAGGGGAUGAAGUACUCCGCUCCGACCAAAUACGCCCGAAAAGGCUAG